AUGGCGCUGGCCAGGCCUGGGACCUGGGCCCCUAGGGCCCCAGUCCCUGUCCUGCUGCUGCUGCUCGGAACUCCGGCCCUUGCCCUCCUAGCUGGGACAGAGCCUCCAGAGUCCCUGAGUUCCUGUGCCUCAGACCCCUGUGCUCCAGGGACCCAGUGCCAGAAUACUGACAGCGGUGGCUACACCUGUGGGCCUGUGGAGCCACAGGGCUGUGACAGCCAGCCAUGCUACCAUGGUGCCCUGUGUGUGCCGCAGGGUUCGGGUCCCAGUGGCUUCCGCUGCUACUGUGUGCCCGGUUUCCAGGGCCCACACUGCGAGCUGGACAUCAAUGAGUGUGCAUCCCGGCCCUGCCACCAUGGGGCCACCUGCCACAACCUGGCUGAUCGCUAUGAGUGCCUCUGCCCCCUCGGCUAUGCAGGUGUGACCUGCGAGGCCGAGGUGGAUGAGUGCGCCUCUGCGCCCUGCCUGCACGGGGGCACGUGCCAGGACCGCGUGGGCUCCUACAGCUGCAAGUGCGCGCCGGGCUACGAGGGUGACCGCUGCCAGCUGGACCUCGACGAGUGCCAGAGCCAGCCGUGCGCACACGGGGGCACGUGCCACGAUCUGGUCAACGGGUUCCGGUGCGACUGCGCUGACACAGGCUACGAGGGCGAACGCUGCGAACAGGAGGUGCUGGAGUGCGCGUCGGCGCCCUGCGCGCACAACGCGACCUGCCUUGAAGGCCUUGGGAGCUUCAGCUGCCUCUGCUGGCCAGGCUAUAGCGGCGAUCGAUGUGAGGUGGACAUAGACGAGUGUGCGGCAGGCCCCUGCCAGCACGGGGGCCAGUGCCUGCAGCGCUCCAACCCUGCCCUCUAUGGGGGAGUCCACGCCACCUUCCCUGGAGCCUUCAGCUUCCACCAUGCGGCUGGCUUCCUGUGCCACUGCCCUCCUGGCUUUGAGGGGGACGACUGCAGUGUGGACGUGGAUGAGUGUGCCUCACAGCCAUGCCUCAACGGAGGCCACUGCCAGGACCUGCCCAGCAGCUUCCAGUGUCACUGCCGGGAAGGCUACGCAGGCCUGACCUGUCAGGAAGAUGUGGAUGAAUGCCUCUCGGAUCCUUGCCUCCAUGGCGGAACCUGCAAUGAUGCUGUGGCAGGCUACAUCUGCAGGUGCCCAGAGGCCUGGGGUGGGCCCAAUUGUUCUGUGCAGCUCACUGGCUGCCAGGGCCACACCUGUCCGCUGGCUGCCACUUGCAUCCCUGUCUUCGAAUCUGGAGUCCACAGUUAUAUCUGCCUUUGCCCACCUGGUACCCAUGGACCUUUGUGUGGCCAGAAUACUACCUUCUCUGUGGUGGCAGGGAGCCCUGUGCAGGCAUCUGUGCCAGCUGGUAGCCCCCUCGGUCUGGCACUGAGGUUUCGCACUACUCUGCCCACUGGGGCUUUGGCCACUCGCGCUAGCACCCAGGACAGCUUAGAGCUGGCACUGGUGGAGGCUAUACUUCAGGCCACACUCUGGAGCCAUGACACCACUGUGCUUGUCCUGAGACUGCCAGACCUGGCCCUAAAUGAUGGCCAGUGGCACCAGGUGGAGGUGGUGCUUCAUCCUGGGACCCUGGAGCUACGGCUGUGGCAUGAGGCCUGCCCUGCCCAGCUCUGUGUGGCCUCUGGUCCUGUGACUCUGGCUCCUACAGCUUUGGUGGCCCCUGUUGGGCACUUCUCUGCCCAGCUUGGUGGCGCAGCGUUUGCGGGUUGCCUCCAAGAUGUGCAUGUGGAUGGACACCUCCUGCUGCCUGAGAAUCUCAGUGAGAAUGUCCUCGUGGGCUGCGAGCACCGGGAACAGUGCCAGCCUCUGCCUUGUGCCCAUGGAGGGGCCUGUGUAGACUUGUGGACUCAUUUCCGUUGUGACUGCCCCAGGCCACAUAGGGGGCCCACAUGCGCUGAUGAGAUUCCUGCUGCUACCUUUGGCUUGGGGGGCACCCUGAGCUCUGCCUCCUUUCUGCUCCAAGAGCCUCCAGCCCCCAACCUCACUGUGUCCUUCUUCCUCCGCACCCGGGAGCCCGCUGGCCUUCUGCUCCAAUUUGCCAACGACUCAGCAGCUGGCCUGACAGUAUUCCUGAGUGACGGUCAGAUCCGGGCGGAGGCGCUGGGCAGUCCUACCGUGGUGCUUCCCGGGCGCUGGGAUGAUGGGCUCCGCCGCCUGGUGAUGCUCACCUUUGGGCCUGACCAGCUGCAGGACCUGGGGCCGCAGGUGCACGUGGGUGGAAGGCUCCUCCCUGCUGACAGCCAGCCCUGGGGUGGGCCCUUCCGAGGCUGCCUCCAGGACCUGCAACUCAAUGGCCACCAUCUCCCCUUCUUUCCUCUGAGGCCACUGGAGAACUCAAGCCAACCCAGCGAGCUUGGUGGCAGGCAGUUCCAGAACCUCACCAUGGGCUGCAUCUCUGAGGACACGUGCACUCCUGACCCCUGUUUCAACGGUGGGACUUGCCUUGUCACCUGGAAUGAUUUCCACUGCACCUGCCCAGCCAACUUCACAGGGCCCACAUGUGCCCAGCAGCUGUGGUGCCCUGGCCAGCCCUGUCUCCCACCGGCCACCUGUGAAGAGGUCCCUGAUGGCUUUGUCUGUGUAGCCGAAACCACAUUCCGUGAGGGGCCCCCUGCCGCAUUCAGCGUGUUGUCAGGGCACUGGCUCAGCGGUAUCUCUCUGGCCUUCCGCACGCGUGACCGUGAGGCCUGGCUACUGCGCGCUACAGCGGGCACCCAGGCUGGCGUGUGGCUGGCAGUGCGCAACGGUUCCCUCGUGGCUGGAGUGCGGGGCCAUGGCCUGCCUGGCGCUGUGCUGCCUGCGCCCGGGCCGCGCAUAGCCGACGGUGCCUGGCACCGCGUGCGCCUGGCCAUGGAACGCCCGACGGCUGCUUCUUCGCGCUGGCUAUUGUGGUUGGACAGUGCGGCGACGCCCAUGGCGCUGCGUGGCCUGGCCGGAGACCUGGGCUUUUUGCACGGGCCGGGUGCCGCCCGCAUCCUGCUGGCCGAGAACUUCACUGGAUGCCUAGGGCGCGUGGCACUCGGUGGCCUCCCACUGCCACUGGGGCGGCCGCGGCCCGGCGCGACUCUGGGCCCCCGAGAGCACUUUGUGGCCUGGCCGGGUUCAUCGGUGGUGCGCCUCGGCUGCAGCAGCGCGCCCGUGUGUGAGCCCUCGCCCUGCCUGCACGGUGGCACCUGCCGCGACCUCUUUGAUGCCUUUGCCUGUGCCUGCGGGCCGGGCUGGGAGGGCCACCGCUGUGAGGCUCGCGCUGACCCGUGUCGCUCUGCACCCUGCGCCCGCGGCCGCUGUCACGUUCGCCCUGAUGGGCGCUUUGAGUGCCGCUGCCUACCCGGCUUUGUGGGCCCACGCUGCAGGUUGCCUGCUCCACCCGAGGAAUGUAGCCUGAACCUCACCUGCCCCUGUCAGGGUGGGCCCCGGGGUGCCAACUGUAGCUGCCAAGAGGGCUUUGCUGGCCAGAGGUGUCGGAUCCCUUCUCCGCCCUGUGAAGCCAAUCCAUGCUUGAACGGAGGCACCUGCCGGGCAGCUGCCGGGGUGUCUGAGUGUAUCUGCAGUGCCAGAUUCUCCGGCCAGUUCUGCGAAGUGGCGAAGGGCACACCCAUGCCGCUGCCGUUCCCACUGCUGGAGGUGGUGGUGCCUGCAGCCUGUGCCUGCCUCCUUCUCCUCCUCCUGGGCCUCCUCUCAGGAAUCUUGGCAGCCAGAAAGCGCCGUCAGUCUGAAGGCACCUAUAGCCCGAGCCAGCAAGAGGUGGCCGGGGCCCGGCUGGAGAUGGACAGCGUCCUCAAAGUGCCACCCGAAGAGAGACUCAUCUAG